AUGUAUGGCCUACCGACAGAGUUCCAGGAGGACAACAUGGCGGGAGCAGCAGAUGGCCGUGACUCCGGCUACCGAAUGGUGUUAGAUCAGCAGAGUGAAGAUAGGGGCUUUUACGGUUCUCCCUUCUUUUACGAAGGGUUGCAGGCCAGGAGUGCUGACAGGCUUCUAGCGGGCAGCCGUACUAGUGACAGAGUCAGGGAGCCUGUGCGAGAUGCCAUUGCUGUCGAACCACCGGAAGAGAAGGGCAGUGCCACCAACAAAAAGGCAUUUGCCAGAGUAUUAGGCCUUAGUCAUAAAAACAAAGAUGAAAUGGAUGCUGCUGUUGCUUUGAGUCUGCUGAAUUCCUCCAAAUGUCAAGCCGGGGGAAAGAUUCUUAAUAGAAAGCACGAGGCUAUGCCUACAGAAGCUAAACGCUCAAAGAGAAGGCACUUAGAAAUCUGGGGGGAAAACCGCAAUCCCAGUGAUUGGAAGCGAGUUGAUGGCUGGCCAGUUGGACUGAAAAAUGUUGGCAAUACGUGUUGGUUCAGUGCUGUUAUCCAGUCUCUCUUCCAGCUGCCCGAGCUCCGAAGGCUCGUCCUCAGUUACACCGUGCCGCAGAACGCGCUCGAGAACUGUGCCGACGAGAAAGAGAAGAGGAAUGCGGUGUUCAUGCAAGAGCUUCAGCGUUUGUUUGCUCUGAUGAUGGGAUCGAAUCGCAAAUUUGUGGACCCUUCCUCAGCCUUGAACAUCUUGAAGGGAGCAUUCCAGGCAGCGGAGGAGGAGCAGCAGCAAGACGUGAGUGAGUUUACACACAAGCUCCUGGACUGGCUGGAGGACGCGUUCCAGCAGGGGGUCGAUGCCAACAGCAACCCCGAAAACCCGAUGGUGCGGCUAUUCUACGGCACCGUCCUCACUGAAGGGGUCCGUGAAGGAAAGCCGUUUUCCAUCAGUGAGACCUUUGGCCUGUAUCCCCUUCAGGUAAACGGCUAUUGCAACUUGGAGGAGUGUUUGGAUGGGGCUGUGGUAGAAGGAGACGCUGAGCUGCUCCCUUCCAAUCAGCCAGUGGAGAACGGACAGGAGAGCUGGUUCACAAAACUGCCUCCAGUGCUGACUUUUGAACUCUCAAGAUUCGAGUUCAAUCAGUCCCUGGGUCAGCCUGAGAAAAUUCACAAUAAGCUGGAAUUUUCUGAUGUUAUUUAUAUGGACAAAUACAUGUACAAAAAUAAAGAUCUUGUCCGAAGCAAGAGAGAGUGCAUUCGGAAGCUGAAGGAGGAAAUAGAAGUCCUACAGCAAAAGGUGGAAAAGUACGUGAACUACGACUCGGACCCUGCUCAGGUCCCACUCCUGGACGAGACAUCUCAACGUGACAGCAGCGUGACAUCACCACCCUCUUCAGGGACAGGUGAAGGAAGCUCUUCUCCGGACGCUGCAGGUACUCUUUCUGAAGAUCCUCUUUGCCAGUCUCCCACAAAGAAUAAGCCCCUUACAUCUUCCCCGUCCUCUGGGGAAGCGCCUGCAAAACCGUUGCCUUGUACAGUCACAGGUGAGAUGAACGUCGAGACCGGUCCUCAGAAGCUGAGCAGUGAGACUGAGCAAGAUAUACAGGAUGUGAAGAAUUUCAUUGCAAACACUACCCGGGAUAUUGGGCAGAUGUACUGUGACCCUCUGCUCAGCCAGGUGCCCUAUCGCCUGCACGCAGUUCUCGUUCAUGAAGGACAAGCAGAUGCCGGACACUAUUGGGUCUACAUCUACGAUCAAUCCAGGCAAGUCUGGCUCAAGUACAAUGACAUCUACGUCACUGAAUCUUCCUGGGAAGAACUACAAAGUGAUUCCUACGGAGGCUCGAGAAACGCCAGUGCUUACUGUCUGAUGUAUGUUGAGGACCGGGCACCCCACUCCGAUGCAGAGGCGACCCCAAGUGAAUCAGAGGAGAGGCUAGGAGAAUUAGAAGCUCUAUCUGAUGAACUUAAGCAUUACAUUCAGGAAGAUAACUGGAGAUUUGAGCAGGAGAUAGAGGAGUGGGAAGAAGAGCAGGCCAGGAAGAUUUCUCAAAUGGAGCUCUCUGCUAGUCCGGCUUCGCAGGACUUCCCUGCCUCACAACAGCCUCCAGGAGCCUCUUACGGGGUUUGCAGCUUGCUGCCCGGGCAUGCUGCGAUGGUCGUGGAGCAGCCUUCCCAGACCACUGCAAACACAACACGUGCGUAUGGGAAGAGUGGUGUGGGAGCAGUCUGGAGUGAGGCAACCCACGAGAAGUAUGCCCGGCUCUGGCUGUUACCAGAAAGCCUUGGAGACCUGAGAUCGACUUUCGAAGCUAAUGAAAGCCCACCGAAGAAGCAGCCUGACACCCCAGCGCACCAGAGGGCAGCCGUGGAGGAGGAGGACAGUGCUCCACCAGUGGGACACCCGGACUCAGACUCCCAAGGAGGCCCACGACCAGACUGGCUGGAAACCAACUAA